GAAUACUUCCACACAACGACGCCAUUGCAGCUUGCCAGUAGUGGUUCCGCGCUCGAUGGAAGCUUGCCCCUGUUCCUGCCUUAACGCCUCCGACAAUAGCCGCUAGCACCUUGAUGCCUGCAGCUUCAACUACAUAAGCCUGUAUCGACGUUUCUCGUGGAACGUCCGUCAUCUCCUUAUGCCGGGCGGCAAGCUUCGCGCUCUCUGGCGGAAAUGGAGAGACCGUCCAGAAUAUAGGGAGCAAGAGCUGUUGAGCCAGCCUGCGAGCCCAGCAGUUGGUAGUAAACCGGAAACGAUUCCGAUUCCGAGCUCGCAGGCUGCGCGCAGCUAUGGCAAUAAGCACGCCGACAAAACAUGCGGCUUCGACGACUCGUUGCCAGCGCCCGCGGAGGCAACGCGAGGCUUGGGCGUCGGCGGCAGCACCCAAGAAGCGCGACCACCGCUGGCUGCGUCCCUGUCGGCUGGUGUACCAAGCUGCCAGCCCCGGCAGGCCACCAACUCCGGCGACGACGCCUGCCGUCAGGGCCCCGCCGGGGCCGCCCCGCACCGCGCCUCCUCCUUGGGUGCGCUCCCGCCCUGUCACCUGCUGGUACCUGCCCGGUACACCGGAAGCGCGCGGCGCUCUAGCUGUUGCGCACCCGUGCUACCCUCCAGCACGCUGGAGGGAGAGAUUAGCACCCAAACCAGCGUGGAGUCCUAUGACCGUGCUCUCGUCCUGGGGGAGGCGGUGUCGCCAGAGUUUGGCACGCCGGGCUGGGAGCGCGCGCUAACACAGCAGAUCGCGGCCUGCACCGGUCUGUCAACGACUGCAAGCAGCCGGCGCGCGAGCGAGUCCGCAGGUUUUUUGCCCAUAAUGUCGACGUCCGUGCUCCUGUCGGGGGGCAAUGCCUUGCCGUCGACGCAUGCGGCGGCGUCGACGGGGCCGCUGGCCUACCCGCCGCCGCUGCCGCCUUCCGGCGGGCAGUUUGCCAGCAUCAGCAGCGUCAGCCCCGCGCGCGCGCCCUCGCAGCAACCCAUCGCACGAGCGCAGCCCCCGCUGCAUCCAUCAGGACAGCAGCAGCAGCAGCAGCAGCUACUGCUGCUGAAGAGCAUGCAGCGGGGCUCCGUGCAGCAGUCGGCGCCGCAGCCGCGGGCGCCGCGCCGCGUGUCUGCCACCACCGCGCCGGGCACGGACACACCGGUCGAGGCCCAGCCUCAGUCGGAGCUGUCCUUCGGGCGGGCGGUGCAGGGCGUCGUCGCGCCGCCACCGCCCGCUUGCACGCCACGCAUCGACGGGGCCGCUGACAUGCUUGCUGACUAUGAUGACGACGUCGACUACCUGCUUCAGCAGGAGCCGCCGCGCUACCCGCCGCAGCAGGACCGCGCACGCAAUUGCCGGCGCAGCAGCUGCGACCAAUCGAUGUUUUUGGACGCGGUGCCAGCACCCGCACCCGCAUCACCAGUCGGCGGCAGCCGCGGCGUUGGCGCGUCUGCCAGCGUGCCGCUACCGGCGCCGCUGUCUUUGUCGCCGGCGCCCCCGGUCCACCUGCAGCAGUUCCGCCGGCACUCCUCGACCUCCGUGCCGCAGCCGGCCUCACUGCUGUCUGGAGGCCGGUCAUCCGGGAGCUCCGUCUACCCCAGCUCCACGCUGCCGCCGCUGCCGCAGUCGCACUCGCUGGCGCUGCCGCCUACGCCCCAGUCGCUGUCCGUGCGGGUUUGCAACCCGUACGCAGCACAGCAGCAGGCGCCGCUGCCGGGCUUCGGUCAGGUGGUGCUGCCGCAGCAGCUGCUGCACAAGGCCGCGGAGCACGGCGCCAACCUGCACAUCGACCUGCGGAGGGAUGUGACUGUUGAUGGGAACCGCGCUCUGGGCAGCGGCCAGUUUGGCACGGUGUUUGCGGGCACCUACCGCGGCGCGCCAGUGGCGGUGAAAUCGUUGCGGCCGCUGAUGCAGGGCUGCACCAUUGACGACCUGGAGGUGUUUGUGCAGGAGGUGACUGUGCUGUGCACGCUGCGGCACCCCAGCAUUGUGCAGCUGCUGGGUGCGUGCCUGCAGCCGCCCGACAUAUGUCUGGUGGAGGAGCUGUGCGCCACCUCGCUGGACGCCGUACUCCACCGCCGCGACACCGUGCGCGACCCCGCAGCAGCCACCUACGCCCCCGCCCCCACCCCCGCCACCACCACCACCGCCGCUGCGGGCGGGCACAAGAACGGCAGUGUCACCGGCUCUGUGGCAGCGGGUGGUGCUGGGGGCGCGUCCCCGUUCGGGGUUUUGGCCGCGGCCUUCCCGGAGGCGUUGGCUGGGCUGGAGGGAGCGUCUGCCGGCGGCGCCAGCGGUCGCCCGUCGCCUUCGCACAGCAGGCCUUCGCCCGUUGCGGCGGGGACGGCGGCAGCAGGCGCUGCACCUGUGCCUGUGGCGCAGCCGCCUGCACGCGGCUCGCCGCUUCCGCUGUUUCGUGUCCUGGAGAUUGCGCUGGACGUGGCGCUGGGUAUGCAGUACCUGCACAGCCGCGCGCCGGCGGUCGUGCACCGCGAUUUGAAGCCCUCCAACAUCCUGCUUGACGCCGAGGGCCGCGCCAAGAUCGGCGACUUCGGCCUGGCCAGGCUCGCAUACAACGCGUACAUUGACACGGCGCGACCGGAGACCGGCAGCAUGGCAUACAUGGCCCCCGAGUGCUGGGACCCCGUCCUGGGGGGUGGUCUAACUGACAAGAUGGACAUUUUCAGCUAUGGUGUGGUGCUGUGGGAGCUGUGCACUGGCGAGCGGCCGUGGGCGCAUUGCCGGACGACGGAUUUUGUCAGCAAGGUGGUCUCUCGUGGCGCGCGCCUGCCGGUGCCCACCAACGACAACGCCUGCCCCUACGCGCUGCGCUGCCUCAUCUCCUCCUGCACCGAGGAGCGGCCCUCGGAGCGGCCGGCCGUCGCACACAUUGUGGCGGAGCUGCAGCGUAUGCUCAAGUACACCCGGCGCACCGCCGACUGCUAGCUGCCAGGCAGGGCUCGGCUGGUGAGCUGGUGAGCUGGCGGGCGGCUCUCGUGUGGGUGGUGGCUGGCGCGACCGCACUGCAGGGCGGGCGCCCGCGUCGUGCACAAGAGGAGUUGGGUCGUGCACCCCUGCCAGCUUGGCCGCGAGCACCCUGGCCAGUCAUGGCACGCAGUGGCUGCAUAUGCAGCAGCAGGGAACGGAAGCGGCGAGUAGCCGUAUGGAGCAGCAGUGCUGCUGCUUGUUCACAGGCAUGGCACAGCGGACGGCGCCUGCUGCGGCACAUGGCCGCGGCACAUGGUGCUGGUGGCGUGUUAUGCUCAUCUACGUGACCACCGCUAGCCGCAGCCAUUGUGAGUUUGCUGGCCAGCGCUCCCGCGUAUAUUAACUGGGACACCGUACUUCUUUUCUGGAUGGGCUAAAUUCGGAAUAAAAAAAAGGCCGCAGUUGCGUGCGCAUGCAUCGAGGCCGACGAGCUCGUGAUUUCAAGGAUGCACUGCCAAAUGCAAAUGGUUAGGAGGAGGCGGGCGAUGCAUAGGCGCCCGCUGGUUGUGUAGCAUACGUGCUGCAGAUCGGCACAUUGCCAUAUAUAGUUGGGGGCUUCGGCAUGAAUCUCUGCCGCUGCUGUGCGUUCGAUUUACAUGCUGGGCUCAAGAGGGAUAGCGGAGUGUGAGACGCGCGGUUGGGGUUUUGGAGGCUGGGUGGCUGGGCGCCUCGGCCAACCGGGGCUCCUGUAUUUUGCCAAGGGCAUGUCCCGCAUUAGUACGCGCACCUGCUAAAUAGUACGCAUCGGCAUUGAGCAUCACAAACAAGCAGAGUAGGGUCGGGUUGAGGUCUGUAGGGUUUGGUGACGUACCAGGGACACGCGUGCCACGGUGUUGCAGGAUUCAAGUACCAUGAGUAUUUGUGGCCAGCGGCCGUCUGUGGGUCCCCAGGCGUUCUUGGUGCUGCAAUGCAGCACACGUGCACGUACAUUCAGAGCAUCUGGGCGCGCAGGAGCUAAGCGUGGAAACGCUAUCGACAGAAGUUGAAUGACUGCCUCUUAUAAACAACGUGAUCUGUCGUGCAGACAGGCGAACUAAGCAGAAUCCGUAUGGUCGGUGGGGCUUUGCGUGCCUUGCUCUGGGGGCAUUCCGGCAACCCCCCGGCCGCUUGAACCAAUAAGCAUUGCGUCCAAGAAGGGCAUUGCAGCUUUGGAUGCGCUUGCAACCUGUAUUGUGGUGCGGAAUGUGAGGGUUUGGUUGGUACCGCCGCGCACGGGGAUGCUGUGUCAGUCUGCAGACUGCAGGACUGGAAUGGGUGGCUUCAGCGCUUGGCUAGCAAGUGUCACGCUCCCUGAGGUACCGGUACCUGAUUCAUCUGCGUUGACCUUAACGUUGCACGAGGGUGUAAAACACGAGGAUGUAAAGCACGGGUGUACGCGGUCGAGUGCAUCGUCGCCAGUUACAGCGAGGGUGGAGCGCGGUGAUGCGAGUGCUAUGUGCUAUGACUGUAGGAAUGACCAGGCUAGGGCCGUACCCCUUGGGUAAGGUGCGGUUUGAUGUGCAGUUGAGGAUGGCGGUAGAUAGACUUGUUGCGCCUCAGAGGUGAAGCAGUUUAAGCCACUCGUUUACUGUGUUGACAAGUAGUUGGGCAUGGGAACAGCUUGCCGGAAGAAGUAAACAGUGUGGAGGCAGUGGAUUUAGGGUAUAGGGGCCGAGCUCUUUUGCUGAGGAGUGAAUCAACCAGGCCACGUUGCCUGAUUGUGCAUGGCCACCGUGAUGCACUGCUGCAAGGCAGCAACAUUCGACUGUUGUAGGGUGUAAUCAGUGACCAGGGCAGGUUGACUUGGAGUCUUGUGAUACCGGAAGCCACCAAUAGGCGGUACCGGAAGCCACCAGUGAUUAGUGUACGUGGUACGGGCU